AUGUUCCAGAAGGCCAGCCCACUGCUGAGUAACCAACAGGAAAGGGGCUUGGUGACACAGCACCAAGUCCACCAACUGGCAGACAAGGCCAAAAGUCUACGCAGAGAAGUGGACAACAUUAAAACCGCCUUCACCAUCGUCAGGAUGACCUGGUCCAGCAGAUGCCCAGCCCUACCAGCAGCCAUGGCUGGGGUCUGUGCUGAUGUGGAAGGCAACAUCCCAGUAGCAGAUGAGCAGUGUCACACAGUCCGCUUAUUCCCAGAGAGUGGGUGCCUGCUGUUUGCAGGCCUGAGGAAGCCCACAGGUGUAGCUUGUUCCUUCUUCGGGCAGCUCUCUGUUGCGGACACAAGGGAGAAUUGUGUCAAAGUCUUAAGGACUGUGUGA